GAAAUAACCAUACAUAGGAGUUGGACACAUAUGUUUAAAACAAAAUGCAAAGGGGCGCAUCAAAUGUUGAAAGAUGAGGAGCUUCGACAUGAAACUCACAAUAUUGAAAGGGUUAUUGGUACCACUGUUUGUGUUGACGAGUGCCAAUGCACUGACCAAGGUACAGAGUGACUGUAACCAAGAAUUGGUUGAUGCAUUAAACCAAUUCGCCCUUGACUUACACAGAGAUCUGAGUACGAAGAAUGAUGAUGAAAACAUUUUAUUCAGCCCCUACAAUGUUGCCUCCGCCUUUCUGAUGGUGCUUCUAGGGUCUUCCGGUGAAACUUCCGAUUCUAUCGCGAACGUUUUCCACAUCCCCUUGGCGACCAGAAACUGUGUCCAAUCAUAUCGGAGAUGCAUUGACGAUUCAAUCAACGGACACGGGGCAGUUGUCCUAAACACAGUAAAUCGUAUCUUCCCAGCUAUGACAUUGAACAUCCUUCCUAGAUUCAUAGCUGAUGUUCAACGGUACUAUGGGGCAAGUGCUUCCAUCUAUCCGCUCGAUUUUAAGGAUACUGAGCAAUCUCGUCGAAUAAUUAACGAAUGGAUAGCUACUAUUACCAACAACAAACUGAAGAAUGUAAUUCAGCCAGACAAUAUAGACACUACGACGAUGAUAAUUCUAGUGAACGCAAUUUAUUUCAAAGGCGCGUGGAAGUACAAAUUCCCCGAAGACAAGACACACAAAGCAAAGUUCUUUGCCAACAAAGAUACCUCUACAGAAGUCGACAUGAUGGUAACAGAAUCAUAUUUUCCUUACACCAACAGCCCGCCAUCUAUUCUCAAUGCCCAGAUCGUGGAGUUGCCGUAUGUCGGUGACACCGUAAGCAUGAUCAUUCUGCUUCCAAACACGCGAUUCGGUCUGGCAGACCUUGACCAUAAACUUACCCUGGCUACCCUAAAAAGCGAAUUGGGAUAUUUGUAUCAUAAUACAAAUGUAACCGUGAGCAUACCAAAAUUCAACAUAAACAAGAGGUACAAGUUGAACGAUAAUUUGAAAAGACUUGGCAUGGAUCACGUAUUUACUGAUGCGGAUUUUACUAAGAUGACUGAUUAUGAUAGGCUGACAAUCAACGAGGUCAUACAUGAAGCACUUAUAGAAGUAAACGAAGAAGGUACAGAGGCGAAUGCAGCUACGGUGCUACGUGGCGCGAGAUCUGGAUAUACACCGCCCGUGAAAGUAACAUGUGAUCAUCCUUUCCUCUUCUUCAUCCGGGACAUACCAACUGGCGCCAUUUUGUUUUGGGGUAGAUAUGCAAAGCCAGAAUCAACUGAAGCGUCAGCAGCAUCGUCUGCGAGGCAACACGCAAAUUUUCCCAAACACCUAGCAACACAUGAAUCCAGACCUGAUGAAAAAGUUACAGACGUUUCGACUAAUACUAAAGAAAGAAGUAAUGAAGAAUGCAAAAAGAAUAUCAAGAAAUGUAUCAGUAAGAUUAUUGUUGAUGGAGAAAAUGUGGAGACGGCCACUAGGCAAGAGAGAAAGAAGACAGACACUUUUGAGAGAUGCAUUCGGAAAUGUAAAGAAGAAAAGAUGGAUUUGAAAUGCAGAAGAUCAUGUGCAAAACAAACCACAAAAGUAGACAUAGAGACAGACCGUAACAAAAAUUAGUUGGCAUGAAUUAUAGACUCGAUUACUUGAUGCACUUGGUAUUUAAAUCUACAGUCCGAAUCACUCUUUCACGUGAAAUUAUUAUCAAUGCUAGAACUCCCUAAAUUACAAGAAGGGACCACAUGUUUACUGUACACAAAACUAAUAUUGAUAUAU